AUGACCUUCAAGAAACUCCCAAGACCACCACCACUCUGCCGUCGUCCACCACCGUCAACCACCGCUAACCUUCUACCCCCACCGCCACCUCCCGAUACAUCACUCACUACUCUCCCAAUCCUCUCUCUUCCCUCCUCUACCUCAACCACUCAAUCCCAACUCACCGAUUUCAUCAACACCCACCUAAAAAACAACCUCACCCCGAACGACCUCCUCUCCUUCCUCAAAAACCAGCUCCACCACCAUCCCAAAUUUGCUCACCUCGACCUCCACGUCUUCCGCCACGCCUCCACCCUCGAUUCCUUCCGCCACGACCACUCCACCUAUGAAUGGAUGGUCCGCACCCUUGCCAUAACCCACCGCCUCGACUCCCUAUCACCCCUCCUCGAUUUCAUCGUCUCCAAUCCCUGCCCUUGCUCCGACGGUAUCUUUUCUUGCUCACGUACCGAACCCAUCUUCCGUUUCGCCAUCAAUGCGUACUGUAACGUCGGUAGGUUUGACGAUGCACUCCAAGCGUUUGAUAAAAUGCGUAAACUAGUAGAUGGGAAACCUAGCACAGCUAUAUACAAUAUCAUGAUCCAUAGUUUCGUAAAGUACUGGAAAUUCGAAAAGGGUUUGGAUUUCUACGGGAGAAUGAUUCAAGAUCGAGUGAACCCCGACGUGGUCACUUUUAACAUAUUGAUUAAUGGGUAUUUUCGCAAUUCCAAAUUUGGGUUAGCAUUAGAAGUGUUUAAGGAAAUGAGGGUCAAGGGUUGUGUUCCAAAUGUGGUGACUUUUAACACUUUGAUCAAGGGAUUCUUUAGGGAGAAGAAGUUGAAAGAAGGAAUAGGAAUGGCAUAUGAGAUGAUUGAAUUGGGGUGCAGUUUAUCGAGUGUAACUUGUGAGAUCUUGAUCGAUGGGCUUACCAAGGAAGGAAGGGUUUAUGAGGCUUGUGAUCUCAUCCUGGAUUUUUCAAGAAAAGGAGUUUUACCAAAAAAGUUUGAUUAUUUUGGGUUAAUCGAGAGUCUUUGUGAUAACAGGAAUGAGGUUAAUAAAGCAAGAUUAAUAGUAGAUGAGAUAUGGGAGAAAGGAAAUGCUCCAAGCUCCAUCACUUGUACUAUUUUGAUUGAAGGUUUUAGAAGGGUUAAGAACACAGAAGCAGCAUUUAAAUUGAUGGAUAAAAUGCUUAAUUAUAAAGACACUAUUGUUCCUGAUAGUGUGACUUUUAACUGUCUUCUUGGUGAUAUGUGUAGUUCAGGAAGAAGUGUGGAGGCUAAUAAAUUGAGGGUUUUGGGUUAUGAGAAAGGUGUAUGUGUAGAUGAGGUAAGUUAUAGCAUAUUAGUAUCUGGAUAUUCAAAGGAAGGAAAAAAGGAGGAGGGGAAGGUUAUAGUGGAUGAAAUGUUGGAUAAGGGGUUUAUACCUGAUAUUGCUACUUAUAACUGGUUGAUGAAAGGGCUUGGUUUUGGAUGA